AUGCAGCCCUAUAUUGGUCAUGAUGGGGAAGCAUUCGGACAUGCGGGUCUUCAAGGGGUGGAUGAGCUUUCUUUUAUGAAUGAUGAUGAUAUGGAUCUCAACUUUUUCCACCGGGUGGACUCGGCACAAGUUGUCUAUGAGAGAAGAAAACGUGCAAAACUUGUAGAAAAAUAUCUGAUUGGAGAUUUACUCGGAGAGGGUUCAUAUGGCAAAGUGAAGGAAGUGCUUGACACUGAAACGCUCUGCAGAAGAGCUGUCAAAAUUUUAAAAAAGAAACGAUUAAGACGAAUACCAAACGGGGAAAUUAAUGUAAAAAGGUGUGAAUAUAUUGAGACAAGCUUUAUUAAGAUUUCAAGUCAAAAAGUCUGCAGGUACAUGAUAAUGGAAUACUGUGCAGAUGAGCUACAGAGUAUGUUGGAAAGUGCCCCAGAGAAAAAAUUCCCUAUUUGGCAAUCGCAUCUAUAUAAUAUGACUACUGGCCUAUACCCAUAUGAAGGGGAAAAUAUUUACAAAUUGUUUGAAAACAUUGGUAAGGGAGACUAUGUCAUUCCGGAUUCCCUAGAUAAAAUGCUGUCAUCACUUCUUAAAGAAAUGUUACAGUAUGAUGCAUCUAAUAGAAUAUCAAUAGGAGAAAUAAAACAGCAUGAUUGGUACCGAAAGAAAUUUCCUCAGACAUCGGAGAUUGUGCCGUUCCCUGUUCACCCUGAAGGUUAUGAUGACUUGCGUAGUAUGACUGUGAUCCCUUACGUUGAAGACAUGCACAGGGGUACUCCUAGUGAGGAGGAUGAUGAAGAGUUAGAAUACGAGGAGGAUCAUAUAGGCCAGACCCCUGUCUCACCCGUAGAGGGAAAUGGUAAUACCCAAGUUAAUUCACAUAGUAAGGUUGAACACGUAGAAGAUGCCAUUCCAGAUUCGAAACACAAGAAACGGAAAAAUAAAUCCAAUGCACGUAGAUUUAAAUUUUCAGGUUGCUCCCAGUCUUGAUGCUUGUUUAGAUUUAGUACAGCAACUGUUAACCCCCAAUCAUGUAUUAACCAAAUACAUGGAUGCACAUAUGUUGAAUAUAUAUGUAGAUAAAUUUGGCUGCCCAUGUAAUUAAUAAAAAAUGGCAUUUGGACGUAUUAUUAGAAGCGAAAUGUUACCUAGGUAUUUAGUCCUGGAGACUUACGACAUCCGAGAUUUUUGCCAAGACCCGUGCCAUUGGAAGCCAUAUAUGUGUAUACUAAUGGGAAGAACAUUAUUUAACAAAAAUAUAUAUCAUCAGAUAGUGUGAAAGAUUGAGAUUAAACAAUUGUGUAGUCUUAGCAUAUUUUAUAUCCUCCAUUUCUGCCAAAGAUAAAAAAGCCAACGGUGAGGUGCGAAAGAAAAAGGACCAAAAAGAAACAACAGGAUAAAAGAGAACAAAAAUGUAAGCAGAUAUGUUGAUGGUGUGUGUCAGAUGGACAUGUGCCAUUUCCAGGAUAGCAAGUUUAUACAUUUUAUAGCUUUUGAAACUUUUGUUUUUCAUUUCUUGCCUCAGUGACUUAAUGUCAAUCCAGAAUUGAUUUAUUUCAGUAUUGAAUGGUACCCUGACUAGAUAAACAAUUUACAAAUGAAAGAUUUUCAGUAACCUGAGAAAAAUUACAUAAGUGACAUCAUUUUUUUGCCUCUGUAGCUAAUUAGAGGUGUGCAUUUAAAAAAAAAAGAAAAA